CUUGCCACCAACAAACACACACAAACAGAGGCACCUGUACACACACACAGACAUGUACAUACACACGCACAGAGACACAUCUACACACACACACAUACAGACACAUGUAUACAUACAGAUACAUGUACAUACACAGAUAUACACAUGCACAGACACAUGUACAUACACACAGACACAUGUACGUACAUACACAAAACACACACACGUAUAUGUACACACACAUACACACACAUAAAAAGUUGCAGUACUUUGUUGUUCACUCACAGAGUCGGGUACUGCACUCUAGGGGGAGUCAGAGAGCAUAGCACACACUCCUUCCUUUGCUUUUUCACUGUGCUCAGCUAUUGAGCAGUCUGACGGUUCCCAGUGCCAAUGACAAAUCUGGCCUGAGCUCCGAGCCUGCUCAGCAAGAUGGCCCUGGGGGACACACUCGCCCCCACCAUAAUUUCCACUCGCCAUUGGCGAGCAGGCGAGUGGAAAUUUCAAGGCCUG